AUGAACACCUUUGUUCGAGAGGCUCUCCUCCUGCUGCUCCUGGCCAACUUGGCCCUGACCAGGCAUCCAAAGGCUCUCAUCACCGGGCCUCACCUCCUGGAGCCCCAAUUCAUAUUUGAUGUCUACUUGGAUGAUCUUCAUGUUGAGAGAUUCAACAGCAGAGCAGAGACUCCAAGACUGGAGCACUGUGCACCAUGGGAGGAUCAGCAGGAGCCAGAGUAUUGGGAGAAGAGGACACAGGACAUACUGAGCUUAGUGGACAUCUACAAGGAUGCUCUGAAGAAAAUGCUUUACUUCUACAAAGAAAAUGAAAGUGGAUAUCAUACACUUAAGAUCCUGAUGUCCUGUGAUGUACUGCCUGGAGGAUACUACAGAGAUGGAAAAUUUCAAUUAUUCUUCGACCCCAACGAUGUCCUUAUGUUGGCUGUGAACAAGAGCAUUUGGCUGGCAAUUGGAAAGGCUGCUACUUACCUGAGCCAGGAGUGGAAUGAGUUAGAUUUUGCAAAACAGAUGAAGACUUUACUGGAGUGUAAAUGUGUGCAGAUUCUCCUCCCAAUGUUCCAGCAUGGGAAGGAGAUUUUACUGAGAACAGACAUCCCGAAAAUACAUGUGACCCAUGAGGUCAGAGAUGAUGGGAAAAUCACUGUAAGGUGCUGGGCCGUGAAAUUCUAUCAUACUAUAAUCAAUGUAACCUGGCAGAGAGAUGGGAGCAAUCAGAUUAUGGACAUGGAUGUGAUAGAGACCAGACCUGCAGGAGAUGGAAGCUUCCAGAAGUGGGCAGCUGUGGUGGUGCCUUCUGGGGAGGAGCAGAGAUACACAUGUCAUGUGUACCAUGAGGGGCUGCUUGAGCCCAUUACCGUGAGAUGGGAACCUCCUCAGCCCUCUGUCCCUGUCAUGCCAAUUGUUACCGGCCUGGUUCUUGGAGCUGUGUUUAUAGGAGCUGUAGUGACUUUUCUGAUAUGGAAGAGGAGGACUAAAGGUAAGGAAAGGACAGGGUCUGAGUUCAAGUCUCCUUGGGAAUAUCAAGUCCAGCUGAGAGUGUGCCCUGCCACAUGA